AUGCCCCUCCCACACCUCCCUCUCCUACUCUCCCUCCCUCUUCUCUCUCUACCAGCUCUAGCCGACCACAGGCUCGACCUCACCCGUAUGGGCGCAGCCUACACCGGUCUCCCAUUAUACAGAUCCGGCGCCGGGACGAAUGUCUUGCAGAUCGGGGUGGGUACGCCGGAGGUCGUCGUCAAUCUUACUGCUUCGACGAAUGUGGAGUUUAUGUUGGUUACUACUGAUGAGUGUGAUGAUUGUACGGAAGACAGCGCAACAUACUCGAUAGAGGAUUCAUCUUCCGUUUCUACUAUCCAACAAGCCCUCAUACACACAUUCAUCUACCCCAUCGGCUCCACCAACACCCUCUCCCUCGGUGGCGAGCUCGCCUCCGAAAUCCUCUCUGACGAACGGCAAGAUGUCGAUACAACCCGCCCCCUCGCUCUGAUCUCGGAUGUACAAGAGGACGAUGAAGAAGGGAGACUGAGGGGGGCGGCGGUGGAGUUGAGUGAUGGGACGAGUGGGUUUUGGGGUAUGGGCGUUUUUCAGGAUAAUAAGAACAGGUCGAUGAUGCCGAAUAUGAUACUCGUCGAUGGCAACGGCGCUCCCUCACAGGAAGUAUCAUUCACAGUGGGCUUUGAUAUAGCGAAUAGGUCCACGUCGGAUACGGAGACUGCGGGGACGGUGCAUUGGGGAGGUGUGCCGAAUGGAAGCUGGACGGGCGAUUUUAAUUGGAUCGAAGCGAAUCGGUCUGUUGCUGGGAGCUGGGGCUUCGGGCUGGAUAGGAUGAGGGUAGAGGAUGAGGUGAUCGACUUGAGCGGUGACUACUACGCUUCAAUCGACCCCGCCUUCGACGCAAUCUACCUCCCAACCUCCCUCGCCGAACAAUUCUUCUCCAAAGUCCCCGACGCCUCUCGCGACUCUUCCGACCGUACCCGCUGGAACAUUCCCUGCGACACCAACAUCUCCCUCACCCUCACCAUCUCGGACACGACUUAUGGUAUCGCGUCGUCGCAGCUGGUGCAGACGCGGGGUGCGGCGACGGGGAGGUCGUGUUGGAGCUCGGUGGUGGCGUGGGGGAAUGGGAGUGUGCCGGAGACGAUAGGGGAGGUGAGGUUGGGGACUCCUUUUAUGUCGAAUGUUUAUUCCGUGCUUUAUUAUACCGACGGGGCCCAGUACAUCGGUUUGGCAGGUAAACCCAACAGCAUCAACGCCCAGAAUCUCGCCUCAUCCAACUCUGGCAGUCACCCCAACAUGAAACUCGCCGGCAUCCUAAUCGGCGUCUUCCUAGGCCUCCUCCUCCUCCUCGUCUGCAUCUGCUACGCCCGCAACCGCAAUUCAUUCCAAUCCAUGUGGUACCGCGGGAUCCGCCGACAACAGCGCGCUACGAUGAACGCUAUGGUGCGCGGGGCGACGCUGCCGCCGCCGAUGAUGGGGCCGGUGGGGCCGAUGGCGCAUGUGGGUCCGCCGAUGGGUGUUGGGGUGGGGAUGAUGCCCGGGAUGGGGGUUGGGAUGGGGCCGGGGAUGGCGGCGGGGAUGGGGCCUAUGGGACCGAUGGGGCCGAUGCCGAUGGGUGGGCCGCCGGGAAGUCAUAUGGGCAUGGGCAUGGGCAUGGGUAUGGGAAUGCCCCCGAACGCCAACCCCGCAUUAUACCGAUCCGUCCCUCCCCCUUACCAACAACCUCUUCCCUCUCAGCCUCCUCCUGCUUCAAACCAAAACCCCCAAUCCCAACCUUUGUUGCUCGCCCACGCAAGGGACGAGAUGGAUCGCGAGAGAGAUCAGGAAAAGUAUCAGGAUAUGGCGGAUAGGGAUAGGCAGCAGCAGGGGUAUUAUUCGCCGGGGUUGGUGGAGACUUCGCCGCCGACGUCGGCAGGGAGGAUGAGGUCGCCUGCGCCUGCGCCUGCUCCGAACCCUCCGCGCGCUUCAUUAAUAGCCAAGUCGGGUUCGCAGAGAUCACUCAGGCCGAAGAGGGAUUCGGGUGGGAUGGGGUAUGGGGCGGCGCCGUUGCCGGGGUCUGGGAAUUCUGGGAAUAGGAGAGCGUCGGGGAGGGUGGCGAGGACGGCGUCGGAAAUGUCGGUGGGGAAGACUUGGGAUGAGUUUGGGAAUGGCGCAGCAGCAGGGCAUGGAGAUAGUGGGGCGGGAGGGUUUGCGGCGAGGAAUGGAUUUAGGCAUUCUCGUCAGCCGAGUCAGACUCGUCCGAGGGAGACUUACGACGAACCUCAACGCCAAUCCCCGCCCCGCUCUCAGCUUCAGUCUCCACCCCGAUCUCAACAACAUCAAAACCAAAAUUACGCUGCCUUCCCUGGGUCGUCGCCCAUACCCGGUGAAGACCAUAUCUCCCCCGGACAGCUUCAUGCGCCUCAUCAUGCGUAG